UGUUGUGAUUUUCUUUUUUUUUUGACCUUGAUUGUGUUAUGAUUUGAUUCAUGUCAACCAAGCACUUUAUUUCACACUUCCGGAUCGUUCUUACGUAGGAUUUUAGAGCAUAUAUAAUUCGGAAACGUCGCAUGAGAGAUCAGCAGAUGAAUCUGGCGAAUUGUGAAUUCCAGGAAAUAUUGAUUUAUCGAGAUAAUCAAAUCGGUUAAAACGAAGGACAAGCAGUCAAUCUAAGAAAUUUAGUUAUUGGGUUUUCGGAUUUGUGCUGGUGUUGGAGAGUGGAAGGGGGUUUUGCAGUUGUGCGUGGGAGCAGAUGAAGAAGGACAAGGGAGUGCUGAUUUCAAGCCCCAAUAGUGGCGAAGACAGUGACGAGAAGCAAGAACCGUCGUUUGGCGUCAGAUUCUCUUCUCGGAACAAUUCCUCCAAAUACGAUUUCGUCAAGGUAAAGGUGUGGUUGGGUGAUAAUGCGGAUCACUACUAUGUUCUGUCCAGAUUUUUGCUCAGUAGAAUGCUGACCGUGACCAAGAUCCCAAACCAUGUGGCUGUUAAAAUUGCUCUCGAACUCAAGAAGGUGCUCAUAGACAACAGCCUUCUUGAUGUCUCUCAGUCUGAUUUGGAAGCUAAUCUUUUUAAGCUUAUGGAGCGGAGAGGGUAUGGAGAAGAGUAUAUAAAUCGUUAUAAGAUGAUGACAAGGUUUCACCACCAAAGAGUACCAUUAGUAAUACUUGUCUGUGGAACUGCUUGUGUUGGGAAAUCUACUAUUGCUACCCAGCUUGCACAGAGACUAAAUUUGCCAAAUGUCUUACAGACAGAUAUGGUGUAUGAAUUGUUGCGCACAUCUACUGAUGCACCACUGGCAUCUACUCCUGUAUGGUAUCGAGACUUCAGUUCGUCAGAGGAGUUAAUAACUGAAUUUUGUAGAGAAUGCAGAGUUGUGCGUAAAGGUUUGGCUGGUGAUUUGAAAAAAGCUAUGAAAGAUGGAAAACCAAUAAUUAUUGAGGGGAUACAUCUGGAUCCUAGCAUUUACUUAGUGGAUGAUGAACAAAAAUCACCCUCUAACGUAUCUGUUGAGACUAAGGAGAUAUAUCCAGUAUCUGUGGCACCAGCUGAUAAUGCUACAGCUAAUUCAGAGAAUAAUCAUGAUGGUGUUUGUUGUGGUGAUGAGAAUAAUGGUGACUUAAGGCCUCCAUGCACCAAGCAGGAAAUAUCUACUGACCAAGUUGAAUCACUAUCGAAUUCUGUGCAAUCCACGGAUCUAGCGGGAAAUAUCUCUGCAGAUAAAGGUGGUGCUCUUAGAGAACUGGACACAGACAGAACUAGUGUUACAAAGGAGAAGUCAGGUUCCAAACCGGUAGUUGUGCCCAUUGUCCUGAAGAUGGCUGAAUUUGAUCACAAGGCAUUACUGGAGGAGUGGAUCUCCAGCCGCUCAUUUAAUGAUAAAUGCCCAGGCCAGGAUAAAAAUAAACUUAUACAGAACUUGAAAACCAUACAAGAUUAUCUCUGCUCAUUCACAUCACAGGGCUUGACUGUGGUCAAUGUAUCAGCAACAACAUUCCCUCAAACACUGGACUGGUUGCACAGCUAUCUUCUUCAGUGUAUUGAGCAAGGCAUUUCAUCAGUGUCACAUGAGAAAGGUCCACAAGUAGCUGCAACAUAAAUCAUGUAGUGAGUCUCACAGAAUAAGCUUGUGAAAAUCAAGGAGGGGGAACGAGCCUAUUACAAGGACGUGUCUGAAACGAGCUUUUUCCUAGAUGCUAUCUCCAGAACUGAUGGUCGCUAGCCUCUUGUGAUUAUGAGAUUCCACUGAAAGAUCUAUGCAAGGGAACAGGGAGCAGCUCAUGUUCAGGACAAAGUAAUUAUUUGAUCAAUUAUCUGUUGUAGUCAAAUAAUGCAUAUUUUUCAAUUAUCAAGUCCACGCAAUCUUUUACUACCUGAAGUGAUUGUAAAAUCAUGUAUCUUAAAGAGACGUCUGGUAUGCUUUCAUAACAAUCAUGGAAUCGCCCGAGUGGCCCAGCUAGCUACGUCGGUCUGAUCUAUUUACCCUUUAAACGGUGUUAAUUUAUUA